AUGUCCUUUGCGAAGAUUUCCUCUAUUGCCAUCCUUGGGUUGCUGGUCGGUCAUUUCGCGACUUAUUGUUGUGCCGAAGUCACCUUUGACAUCAUCACACUGUCACCGUUGCUAUGGAACGAAACCGUGCAAGAUGUUGGCAACGAAAUCGUCGAUGUUGUUGUGUUGGACCGGCCGUUGAAACAUUUCAAUGAAAAGCUCGCACGCCACUUUUACGCCAUGGUCUCCGCGGCUUGCAUUCUGACGGUGCUCAACAUGGCCGUUCCCAUCGUCUGGAUGUUCCGACAGUACAGACGCAAAACUCCACCAUAUCAGCCCAUUCAGUUUACGAAACUCGAAAACAGAAAUGAUACUGGCAUUUACGCUCCCAUUCCCCCCAAUCCUUGGCGCUUGGGCCACUACAAGUACAUGCAAGGAGCGUUUGCGUACACGUUCUUUUAUACCAUCUUUGUCAUUACAGGCUUUCUCUUUAUUUAUUCCUGCAAACAGUUUGUGCGGACAUUGCAACGAUGGAUUCCCAGUAUUUCAGAGGAAAGCAUAUUCUAUAGUCACUGGGAGUGA